GCGACGGCGGUACCGGUGGCGGUCAUCAGGCAGCCCGCGGCGGACCAUGGCCCUCGCCCGGCUUCCUUGGCCUUUACUCACGGCGUUCUUGGGCAGCGUCGCGGAGCGGGCAGAUUUCCGGGAAGGAACUGAUAUGCGGCUCAGCGGUAGUCGGCGCGCUUAGCGCCCCGAACAUGCGCAGUCCCUGCUGGCGACCCCGGGCUGCGGAGAGAGGCGGCGGCAGUGGCGGCUCUGGAGGGAAGAAGGCGGUGGCGCCGGCGGAGGUGGCGUCGGAGACAGCCGGGAGCCGGCGCGGAGCCCUAGGGAGGCAGUUUGGCUCGGCCUCGGGCCUCGCCUAGAAGGAUGCUGGUCGCGAAAGAAAAACCAAAAACGAAGUGUCCAAGCCUGCGGAGGUGCAGUGGAAGUACGUGAAAAAGGAGACGUCGCCUCUGCUGCGGAAUCUCAUGCCUUCAUUCAUCCGGCAUGGGCCAACAAUUCCAAGACGAACUGAUAUCUGUCUUCCAGAUUCAAGCCCUAAUGCUUUUUCAGCUUGUGGAGAUGGAGUCAUUUCAAGAAACCAGAGUUUCCUUAGAACUCCAAUUCAAAGAACACCUCAUGAAAUAAUAAGAAGAGAAAGCAACAGAUUAUCUGCACCUUCUUAUCUUGCCAGGAGUCUAGCAGAUGUCCCUAGGGAAUAUGGCUCUUCUCAGUCAUUUUUAACUGAAGUUAAUUUUGCUGUUGAAAAUGGAGACUCUGGUUCCCGAUAUUAUUAUUCAGAUAAUUUUUUUGAUGGUCAGAGAAGGCGGCCACUUGGAGAUCGUGUACAUGAAGACUACAGAUAUUAUGAAUAUAAUCACGAUCUCUUCCAAAGAAUGCCACAGAAUCAGGGGAGGCAUGCUUCAGGUAUUGGGAGAGUUGCAGCUACAUCUUUAGGAAAUUUAACUAACCAUGGUUCUGAAGAUUUACCACUUCCUCCUGGCUGGUCUGUGGAUUGGACAAUGAGAGGAAGAAAAUAUUAUAUAGAUCAUAACACAAAUACAACCCAUUGGAGCCAUCCUCUUGAGCGAGAGGGCCUUCCUCCAGGAUGGGAACGAGUUGAGUCAUCAGAAUUUGGAACUUAUUAUGUAGAUCACGUAAAUAAAAAGGCUCAGUACAGGCAUCCCUGUGCUCCUAGUGUACCUCGGUAUGAUCAACCUCCUCCUGUUACAUACCAGCCACAGCAAACUGAAAGAAAUCAGUCCCUUCUGGUACCUGCAAAUCCAUAUCAUACUGCAGAAAUUCCUGAUUGGCUUCAGGUUUAUGCCCGAGCUCCUGUGAAAUAUGACCACAUUCUGAAGUGGGAACUCUUCCAGCUGGCUGACCUGGAUACAUACCAGGGAAUGCUAAAGUUGCUCUUCAUGAAAGAACUGGAACAGAUUGUUAAAAUGUAUGAAGCUUACCGACAGGCUCUUCUUACAGAGCUGGAAAACCGCAAGCAGAGACAGCAGUGGUAUGCCCAGCAACAUGGAAAGAAUUUUUAAGUUAAUUUUUUUAAUAGAAAUUUGUUUCAUAAUGGCUUUAAAAUAUUUUCACAGAUUUAAAAAGGAAACUGCAAACAAUUACUCUAGUUAAUAAAGGCAGCUUACUUUUUUGGAAAUUAUAAAGUUCUAAUUUGACAUGUAUUUUGUCAUUAGAAAAUUCUUUUAUUGAAUGAAAAAUGUGAGUUUAUCAUUCUAAGAACCAACAUUGCAAACACUUCCAAAUGUGUAUUAGGAAACUGCUUUGAAUAUCUUUGAUGCAGAUAAAUGCAGCAAGAAAUGUCAUUUUAACCAUAUGUUAAAUAUGAAAUGAUCACUUGGUAAUCGCUUAAGUAGCAGUACCUUUUAAAAAAAAAAAAGAGAAAGAUAAUCUGUGCAUUAUCUAAAGAUGUUUGCUGCUUUAGCGUGGAAUAUUGUCUGGAAUGGAAUG